AUGCCAAACCUUUUGACUCUAUCCGUCAAGGAAUGUAUCAUUAAGAUAAAGGAAGAAAAAGAUGAUUCGACAAGGAUGUUGGAAAUGUUCAAAACUCCAAGCCUAUCAGUACUUACCAUUGAGAAAAUGAAACUGAAAAAUAUUCCUCUGGUCAAAUGUACGCUUAAAACACUGAAAUUAGAUAACAAUAACAUUACUGGUGACUUGACAGAUUUUGAGAGGUUGAGAGUUCAUAAUUUAGAGCUUCUUUCACUUUCUAACAAUAUGAUUGAAAAAUAUCAAACGUACGCCAGCCUUACCAAACUUUCACAGCAAGUAAUAGCUUUAGGAAAUGUUUUUGAUGUCAUUUCAAUGGAUGGAGAAAUUAAGGAAUUUACUGGAGAAGAAUAUCAUGUAGAGAGAUCUAAAUACUUUCAUAGACCAAUCAAUUGGGUACCUACUCAGAAUAUUUUGAGAUUUAUUAGGAGUCACACUUCUCAACUCGUGGUUUCUCAGAAAAUGCACUUUAAAGAUCUGAUAACAAUUAAGCAAUUGUCUGGAGAAGAUCCUAAUCUAUUAUUUUGGAAUUUACUCUAUUCAAGUCCAUCAGUCAACAAGAAGAACAUUACAAUAAUGUCUGGUUUUAUUCAAAUGGGAAUUAAAUUGAAUAGUCAAUGUUCCAAACAAAUAGGUAUGAAUUGGAUCUUUAUUGGAUUAUUUUUGAGAUCCGCUAAUUCAGUACGAUGUACUUUAUUAGACAGCAAAGGAUUUGAACCUUCCCUAAAUUAUAUAAUUGAAAAUUGGUCAACCAUUUCAAGUCAACACGAGCACAUCAACAAAUUGAGAAAAUAA